UAAGGAAAGCCGGUUGCUAGGACGUGAGCGGAAGUUUAGAGUGGGUUAGGGCUGCUUUCACUAUCUGUGGACUGCCGGAUAUACCUGGACUCGACUGUUGGAUAUUACAUUCGUGGAUUGGUGUGUUGGAUUGUUGCUGUUGGAUUGCUGUGUUGGAUUGUUGUGUUGGAUUGCUGUGUUGGAUUUUUGUGUUGGAUUGCUGUGUUGGAUUGCUGGGUUGGAUUUGCUGUGUUCGACUGUAGCACAUUGACUACACUGACUCACGGAUAUACGUGUGAAGAUUCAGGGAGUUCAUACAAAAUGUAAUUGUUGAGUUCAUGAAAUCAACACAGGAUUUACUGGUGUGAGCCUCAAGAUGUGCCGGAUAAAGUAUACUGCAGACACACUGGACACAAGCCCACCUCGUGUUCCGUUGACCAUCCAGUGACCAAGCUCAUUUAGACAACAUGGGCUGCGGCAGCUCAAAGACGGAUGGGGAGAAACCCGAGAAACAUGACAAGCAAAGUGGAGCCAGGAACGAUAACCCACCCAUAGAUUCAAUAAUAGUCCCAGAUAUUGACCCGAAGUACCCCGCGCCCACCCCCGCACCUAACUACAAAGAUGACUUCUACAAGCCCUCAGACUACACGGCCAUUGAUGCUAGAGUCAAGCAGCAACUUCCCAGCAUGCGAGCGACGACCUACGACACCCUGAUCAAGUCCAUCUGCGCCAACUGUGUGACGGAGCUGCAGAAGCUGAGAGCCAUCAUGGUGUGGCUCUUCCAUCAGGACAUCCACGGCUCCUUCUACAGCGGGGUCAAGGACCCGUACACGCCCCGGGGCUACAUGAAGCUCAUCAAGACAAGCGACGGGUCGUACGAGGCGUUUUUCGCUCAACUCUGCCGAGCUGCUGGGAUACCAUGUAACGUCAUCAGGGGCGUGGCCAAAGGGGACAAGUACAGGAUCGGUCAACAAGAUAUGUCGGCUCUAGAGAGCGCCUGGAACGCCGUCUACGUGUCUGGUUCAUGGAGGCUCGUACACCCGCUGUGGGCCAUCUUUAAGGAGAAACAGACAUACAUUGAUGGGAAACGGCCACCUGCCGGCACCAAACGCGCCUCCCUGUACGAGUUCUACUGGCUGAUUGACGCCAACCGACUCAUCUGUUUCUGCAAGCCUCACUCCGACCCCUGGCAGCUGCUCAAGGUCAGAUGGGAGCACAAGAAGUUCGUCAAGAGCCCGCUCUUCACGGAGCACUACUUCACCUCGGGGCUCAUGCUGCCCAAAAAAUACAACGCCAUCAUCUACAGCGACAACGGCGUCUGCAUCAUCGACUUCGAUCAUCACCAGUACGAGGAGAUUGACCUUGACGCCACGGUGACCUUCAAGGACGCCGAGUCGGAAGAAGACAUGCCGCAGCACGUCCAGAUGAAGGACUACACUUUGGUCUCUCGCUCCUCAAACCGGAAGUCGGUGGUCAUCCGGUUUCCGGUUAGAGGAAAAUACGAGGUGGAUGUUUUCGGAGGUUCGGAUCCGAGUGAACCGAAGUUAGUGAAGUUUAUUUUACAGUGUGACGAUCUAGGCAGAGACCCCCAGCCCUUCCCCAUCCACCCCACGGGGGGUUUAGGGCUGCAGCCGGUGGCCAGUCAGUUCGGAAUCUCUGACCCCAUCCCAGACUCUGGCAUCGUGCUGGUCAAGCCGGCCCAGCAGAAACAUUUCUCCUUCACGUGCACCCAGCCCCUAGAGGUGCAGGCCACCAUGUCCCACACCAAGAUUCCGUCGGAGGAUUUCGAAGAUUUUAUUUCCACCAAAACCACGUCUGAUGAGGUCCACGUGACAGUCGCAGUACCGGAUGAGACACACCUGGAGUACGGCUUGCAGAUCUCUGUGCGGCCCGCCAACGCCUCCCGUCUGUUCACUGUUGUGGCCUACUACCUGCUAGUGGAUGAGAACUGGAGGAGGAAGACAGCGGUCAUCCAGCCACGUCCUGGGGUCAAUAAGAACGAGGAAGACAGGAUCAGGAAGGCGCUGGUGUCCGCCACACAGAAGAACGACAUCGACAAACUGGAGAUGGCGAUAGAAGAGUUUGAGAAGAACGGUUUGCCGGACAACGGGGAUCUGACCAGGGCAAGGCACAAGCUGUAUCAGCUGCACUUACAGCGUCUAAGAAAGACAACUCUGGAGAGAAAGCUGGACGACCUAGACAAUGCUAUAGAGUCGGCAAAGAGAUCCCAUGUUGCUAUAGAUUUGAGUAACACUAAAGAAAUGGACGAAGCUAUAACAACGAGACAACAGCUGCGUCGACUCCGCCUGUAUAUGCACAAGGUGCUAGCACUCAACAAGGCUACCAUCUCGGAGAUCCACAGCUACCAGAGGCCACGCCCACUUGUCCACACCGUGAUGAAAGCUACCUUCAGGAUGCUGGGAGAACCCAACUCUAAGAUACAGGACUGGAGCUACAUCCAGAACUCCAUGAGGACUUUAGGACGGAACAGCAUGAUUGCCAGGAUGCGGAGGACUGACGUGGUCAAUCUCAAGAAAGGUCAGGUCACUGACGCCGAGCGAUACCUGGGCCAGACCAACAAACACUUGGUCAGGCUGACCAGUGCAGGGGCGGGCACGUUCUACGUAUGGGUGAGUACAGUCAUCAGCUCUAUUUAG